GAACAGGCAGUCCUUUGUGUGUCAGAAACAUGCGAGUUAACGGAGUGUGUGUCGUGCUGACUGCGUGUGGACAACAAGUGUGUGUCGUUGUGUGAACAUGUGUAAAGUCCACAUGCUGAGAGCCUUGGUGAAGCAGCGACUCACUGCGGCUGCGCAAGAGAUAUUUGAGCUGUUUGAAAGAGCGAUAGCAGAGUACGAGGAGGAACUGUGUGCUUCUAGAGAGGAGAACGAGCGACACCGGGAACUACUGGACGCUGUGCUCAACCCUCAGCUGCGGCUCCACAGAGCAGACGUUCAGUUGGUGGUUAAAGAAGAGGUUUCCCCCGAGCAGCGGGACUGGAGUCCCAGUGUGAACCAGGAGGACCCAGAACCCCCACAGAUUAAAGAGGACCAGGAGGACCCAGAACCCCCACAGAUUAAAGAGGACCAGGAGGACCCAGAACCCCCACAGAUUAAAGAGGAACAGGAAGACCUCUGGACCAAUCAGGAGCGAGAGCAGCUUGAAGGUUUGGAGGAGGCUGGUACCAGGUUCUCAUUCUCUCCUGUGAAGAGUGAAGAUGAUGAAGAGGAAGCUCAGUCCUCUCAUCUUCAUCAAAGACUAACUGAACACAUGGAAACAGAAGCUGAUGAAGAGGACUACAGAGGACCAGAACCAGACUGGAAGUCAGGAUCAGAACCAGACUGGAAGUCAGGACUGGAAUCUGACAGGAAGUCAGGACCAGAACCAGACAGGAACCUAUAUUUAGAACCAGAUCCUGAUAAGAAGCUUGGAGACUCCUCUGAACCUGAGGACUGGAAGGAGACCAGAGACCCGCAGUCAGGGUUAAACUCUCUGAAUAACAAUGAAGUGUCAGUCAGUGAUUCGAGAGCUGGUGUGAAACCAUUUGGCUGCUCUCACUGUGGGAAGAGAUUUGGAGCUAAGGCUGAUCUGAAGAGACACACGAGGACUCACACAGGAGAGAAACCAUUUGGCUGCUCAAUCUGUCACAAAGCUUUCUCUCAGAGUGGAGAUUUACAGAAACAUGUGAGAAUCCACACGGGAGAGAAACCGUUCGGCUGCUCUGUGUGUGGGAAAGCGUUCAGUGAUGGGGGGAAUCUGAGGGGACACAUGAGGACUCACACAGGAGAGAAACCGUUCAGCUGCUCCGAGUGUGAGAAAUCAUUUUCGCGCAGUGACAGUUUACAGAAACACAUGAGAGUCCACACAGGAGAGAAACCGUUAAGCUGCUCUGAGUGUGGGAAACAAUUUGGAUUAAAUGGAACUCUGACAAGACACAUGAAAACCCACAUCGGAGAGAAAAUAUUCAGUUGCUCAUUUUGUGAUAAAAUAUUUUUGUGCAAGGAAGAUAUGAAGAGACACAUGACAACACAUACAGGGGAGAAACCCUACAGCAACUAAAGUAAUCAACGUGUUGGACGUCCUCACAGCGUCUCACACGGAGGACAGAACCUGAGGAAACGCCUCCGAGGAGCAUCACCAUGGACUCGAUGAAACUGUUGCACACAAAAGACUAUUUUACAAUUUAUUGAUGAGAUGACAUCAGCUCAAGGUAACUAAGACUUACCAGUAGAAAGGUUCCUGUGGCUUUAAAGGUCCAGGACUCUGGUGAUGCUUCAUGAACAGAGACGAGGCUGUAGCUAAUUAAAGUUGUCCAAGAGGGUCUUCUUCUUAUUAUAGAUAUUUUAGUUUCUGUCUCAAACGGUAUUUGCUAUUUAAUCUGCUUAAUCUAUUUAUAUUUUGGGGCGGCUUUAGCUCAGUGGGGUAAGAGGGCCGUCCUGCAACCCCAAGGUUGUGGGUUCGAUCCCCGCUCUCCCCAUUAGUUGCAAGUCGAAGUGUCCUUGAGCAAGGCACUGAACCCCCAGUUGCUUCCCGGGCGCAUCACUGCAGCCCACUGCUCCUUAAUAACUAAGGAUGGGUUAAAUGCAGAGAACUAAUUUCCCCUUGGGGAUUAAUAAAAGUGUAUAUUCUUAUUCUUCUUAUUUCAAAGAAGCACUUUUGCAUUCCGAUGAAUAAUUAACAGAGGUGCAUUCAGGCUCUGCUCAGUGAACAUGAGUACUGAAGGUAGAUGAUAAUGUUCUUAUGGUGCGUUCAGGCUCUGCUCAGUGAAGAUGAGUACUGAAGGGAGAUGAUAAUGUUUCUAUUUUGUGUUAAUCUGAACAAUAAAAACAUGAAUCUGG